CCCCCCCCCCCUAAGAAAUAUGAAGGUGCAGAAAAAACAGAAUCUACCCAGGGAGUUACCACACGCGCUCGCGGAGAAUCCCCCUCUGGACGUCCAAACCCGGGACACUCUGCACCCGGUGGUGGUGGGGCAAUUCUGCGCUCGAUAAAAACAACAGUAAUCGUUCUCGGGGCAAACGGAGCAAUUCAAAAAAGGCACCCCCGUCCACACUCGCCGUGGACUUCACAAAUGUUAGGGGGCUCAAUUACAACAUCAACGCUGUCCACUACCCUUUAUUGAUUUAAAAAAAUGUUUUAGAGAUUGCGAAGCCGGGGUACAAAUUGGAACAUUCAUUUGUGCCGCGAGCGGGAGUUUGCGUGUACGUCAGAGAGGAUAUCUGUUCUCGUCGCCUCGGGACGCUUGAAGGAAGGAACCUAUCUAACCUCUAGCUGAAGAGGAAUUAAGCUUCCUAAUCACUGUCAACAUCCAUCUACGUAGCAUUCCCACCGCUGCCAGUUUUUAAUUAAAAUGCCUCGGCGCACGGUGCGGCGUCACACGCCCCGUCGUGCCGCGAGAACUAGUCCAUCACACGCGCUGGCUCAAUUCCCUAAACACAAUCCCUGGGCUCAGCUAAAGGAUGGACGAAGAUGGCAUAAAAGCUACUAUAAAGAAUGAAAUAACAUUGAGUAACAAACAUACAAAUCAUUAAUAAUAAUAAGCAAUAUCAUUAAACACCAAUACUAAUUAUGUUGUCUUUAAAUAAUAUAACUAAUAAUAGGACUUCAAAGAAAAUGUUUCUCCAUUUUGGAAUACUACUUCUUCUAUCCCAAGGACUCCUUGGUAAGAUAAAUUUAAUUUAAUUAAUUUUGUACUCAGUUCUGUGUAGUUUUACGAAGGAUACCAACACGACUCGAACAGCAAAUAAGAGUCAAAUACAUUAGGGCUUAAUUUUGUUGUAAAAUAACUAUUGAAACAAAUUAAAUUGGUCUAUUCGCAAUUUUUUUAAACUGAUGAUGUAACUGUUUCCAAAUAAUUUUAAUAUUUACGAGAAUUAUUUGAUUUCGCACCAUCUGUUUUGUUUCGCAAUUCAAUGAAUUCCUUCUUUCUUUCUUUGGUUUAGAAUAAUUGUUAUGCCGUGCCCGGGCACAGUAUAUUAUUCAAACAUGAAAAUGAAGCCGAAUAAAAUAAACUACGUUCACAGGCAAAGUAGUCGUUUCGGAAGCUAAAGAUGGAGACAGCCGAAUUGUAGGUGGCAAAGCUAUGCCCUUUCAGGCAUGGCUAACUACCAAGUUUCAAUUCGUGCUCAUAGAGGAAAGCAAGAAUGGCACAGCUGCGGAGGGUCUAUUUUAAACGAAGAGUGUUAACAGCAGCUCAUUGCAUUUAUCGGAAAAACAUGAAAGAAAUGUCAAUAGUCGUUGGUACUCACACGAUCAAUAAAGGCGGCGACCGAUACAAGAUUAAGAAAUUGAUCUCUCAUGAGAAGUAUUCAAGUGAGAGUCUAAAGAAUGACAUAGCCAUUGUACAGAUCGAAGGCAAAUUUAAAUACAGCGAUAAGGUUCAACCCGUUGAGUUGUUAAAUGAAAAGGUACCCAUUGGAAAGAAAUGUCUCUUGACUGGCUGGGGAUUAUUAAACUAUAGAAGGCAAACUGUACCAAACAAUCUUCAAAUGUUGGAGUACAAAACAAUAAGCAAUGACGACUGCAACAAACAAUUCAAACGCUUGCCUAGCCAGAAAUUAUUGCCCGUAGGCACUGGACAACUCUGCGCUAAAAGCCCGAACAGGAAAGGUGCAUGCUCUGGUGAUUCUGGAGGUCCUCUCGUCAUUCAGGACAAUAAGAACAAAACUGUUCAAAUAGGAAUCGUGUCCUGGGUAGUUUACUGCGCCAAAGACUUUCCUGAUGUUUUUGAUUCAGUCCACGGUUUCUACGAUUGGAUACAGAGCAAAAUUAAAUUAAUUACUUUUUUAAAUUCAAGAUGGUUAUUGGUUAUAUCUAAUUAAAAUAAAUAUUAUUUGAAAGAAGAAA